AUGUUAAGAAAGAAGAGCUUGCUCUAUAAAACACCAUUAGCACUACUUGCUUUUUAUAGCAACAACCAGCAGGUGGCCUUAGAAGUUCCUAUCCUCCCCAUUACUAACUCGUUCAUCACAGUGAUGACUUUAUUUACACCCCUAAAGCAGCUUUAUAGACAAAAGCACUGCUAUGGAUGGAAACCUUGCAGAUUUCAUUACGAGUCAGAAUGUGUUCCAGUGUACUUUACAAAAGGUGCUCAGGCUUCCCAGCAGCUCUUCAUACUAGAUUUCCAGUUGCAUGAAUCCACAGUAAAACUGCCAGGCAUUUUGCUUUAA